AUGACUCGCCGCAUUCUCCCAUUUACCAUUACCGAUUCAUGCUGCGACAUACUUGACUGGCUGGUGGCACCAAUCUUCAUGGGUGUUUUGGCGCUGGGAGUUGGUGCAAUAAUUCUAUUUGGGAAUGCCGUCACUUGUUCUGACGGAAUGCUUGUUUCCGAUACAAACAAAUGCUACACCCUAGGAAAGUACAAGUUUGCUAUAAACAACAAGAACAUCCCACCAGACAUGCCAGCGAAAUAUUUUUUCAAAUCUGUUCGCAGUUUUUCAAUGCUGAGCGUUCAACAGAAGGAGUAUAAAGUUCAGGAAAUGAUUGUCAUUUUGACUAAUCGCCUCGACUAUCGCAAAAGAAAUUGGUAUUCCGUAACUUAUAUCACCACAAAACUGCUCUAUAUAAUCAUUAAUGCCAUUGGACUGUGGAUCAUUAUGUUAGCACUUAACGAUAAGGAUCACUUUGUGAAAAUGAUGAAUGCUAUCCUUACAAGUCACGUUUGGAUCAAAAUCAAUUACAGUUGGAGUUUACCAGAGAGAGUUGGUUGCUCUCAUUCCGACGGAAUCGUAAACUGCAUGUUCGCCCAAAACGUGCUUUGCAAAAAUAUGCUUAUAGUGAUUGGAUUCACUCUUGCUUGCAUCGAAGUGUUUAAUUUCAAGGAUUUGAUCAUAACCAUCCAUCGAAUGCGGGCAUUUGAUGAUAUCAACGUACUUUUAAGAUCCAGAUAUCCAUCAACACGAGAUGAUCAAUUUGCCACGUUCAAACAGUAUUUGGGACCAGAUGGCCUUUACAUGUUGUCUAUUAUCGAAUUCCUCGGCGCUACUACUUACGCAGACUUUAUAUUCAAAAUAUAUGAGCAUUAUGAUAACAUAAGGGCAAUAUUCCAAAAUGAUGGCGUUAGUAUGCUCCCUUUGAGCCCACUUGUUAUCAAUUGGGAUGAAGAGAGCAAUGAUCUAGAUCGCCUCACACAAGAUUCUCCGACCACUACAAUGACGGAUGUUUCUGAAUGA